AUGAAGCUGUUACUGCCGUUGCUGUUCUGCUGUUGCUGCUACUACGUCGUGGUCAGCGCUGCACCACGGGAGGAUCCCUCGGAUCUGUUUCCCCUUUCGCUGAUCCACGUCAACGACAUCCAUGCACACUGGGAAGAGAUCGAUCUGGCCAGUGUGACCUGCAGCACGGAGCAGCAGCAGCAACAAUCCGACGUUUGCCUCGGUGGUUACGCCCGUACGGUGACGAUCGUGAAACGGCUCCGGCAAGAGCGUCCGAAUCCCGUCUACCUCAACAUCGGUGACAACUUUCAGGGAACACUUUGGUACAAUCUGCACCGUUGGAAUGCGACGGCUUACUUUCUGAACCUGUUACCGGCCGAUGCUGUGACUGUCGGUAAUCAUGAGUUCGAUGAUGGAAUCGCCGGUGUGGUACCUUUCCUGGAGGCACUCCAGUCACCGGUACUGCUCGCGAACGUGGAUAACUCGAAAGAACCGACGUUCAGCAAGUUCCAACGCUCGAUGGUACUGGAGCGCGAUGGACGCCGAAUCGGACUGAUCGGUGUGUUGCUCCGUGCCACCGAAAACAUGGCCGAUACCGGUGAGCUGGUGCUGCAGGAUGAGGUGGAAACGGUACGCGCCGAAGCGGACCAUCUCGCGGCGCAGGGCGUUGACAUCGUGAUCGUACUGUCACACUGUGGGCUCGAUCUGGAUCACAUCCUAGCGGCCAAUGCUGGUCCGAAUGUGGACAUUAUUGUUGGGGGACACUCGCACAGCUUCCUGUACACCGGGGACAAUCCAACGAUUCCGAUGACAGCGGCUGCUGAGUAUCCGGCCGUAGUGGAGCAACCGAGUGGCCAUCGUGUGCUGAUCGUGCAGGCCUCAGCGUACACGAAGCUUGUCGGCGAUAUUGUGCUGUACUUCGAUGACCAAGGAAUCAUCCAACGCUGGGAAGGUAAUCCGAUCUAUCUGGAGAACGAAAUCGAACCGGAUGCGGACAUUCUGGCGGCCAUUGCACCGUGGAAGGCAUCGGUCGAUGAGAUCGGUGAGCGUGUGAUCGGAUCAACGGCAGUGGAGUUGUCUAAGCCGCCCUGUAACUUUGGCGAGUGCUUACUUGGUAAUGUGAUUGCGGAUUCGAUGGUCGCUGCGUUUACACCGCUAGCACCGGCUGGACAGUGGACGUACGCAGCGAUAGCGGCCGUUGCCGUUGGUCGUAUUCGGCAGACGUUGGCCCCGGGAGACAUUACCUUCAAGCAUCUGAUCGAGAUGAUGCCAUUCGAAAACGAGCUCGUCUGCCUGGAUCUGCGCGGUGAUCAGCUGAUCGGUCUACUGGAGCACGGUGCCGAGCUGAGCUGGGAUGAGGAUCGUUUCAAUGCCAAGAAUCUGAUGCACGUUUCGGGGCUGCGUGUCGUCUACAACGUCACGAAUCCAAUCGGUUACCGAGUCCUUUCGGUGGAGGCCCUGUGCCAGGAGUGCGCCGAACCACGGUACGCUCCGGUCGAUCCGUUUGCCAUUUAUCGUGUCGUUACCGUGUCCUACCUGGCGGAGGGAGGCGAUGGGUUCGAGAUCUUCCCACGGUACGGUCAGAACCGGGUCGUUGCACCGAUCGGUGAUGCGGAGGCGUUCGAACGCUACGUCCAACCGCGAUCACCCAUUGCGCCACAGCUUGAGGCCCGCAUCCAAAUCGUAACGUGA